GUCUCUAAAGAAGAUUUGGUGGUGGGAAGUUGAGAUGAAAUAAGAGCAUUCUCUAGAUUGUGAUUAAACUUAAUAUUAGUUCUUAAACAAAUCUCAUACUCUCUCUCUCUCUCUUCUUUGCUACGCUGCGUUUUCAUUUCCGCAUGCUUGUACUCCAAUUUUUGUCUCACUCUUCACUGCAAACCCUAAUUUGAAGAAGGAAAGAGACCCAAGAAUGGACGAAGGCGAGGGAGGGUACGGUGAGAGCGGCGGCGAUCCCAUGGAUCAGUUCCACCGUAACGAAGCUAUUUCUGCUGUCGCUGACGAUGGGUUUUUGGCCGAGGAAGACGACGAUUAUGAGGAUCUAUACAACGAUGUCAACGUCGGCGAAGGGUUCCUUCAAUCUUUGCGCAAAAAUGAUGAUUCCGGGUUCCGAAACGAGGAUGUCGAGGACAAGAAGCCACUGCCGCCUCCGCCUGUUCUUGAUGCCGCUGGGAUUUCGAUUCCGGGUGUCGGUGGCGGUGGAGAGGGGGUUAGCGCUGGUGGAAGCGGGGUUGUGGAAUCUAGGACUUCUGGGAGAGUUGAUGGUUUUCAGAAUCAAGGGUUUAGAUCAAACGAUGUUGGUGCCAAAGGUGGAAUUAGGGUUGAAUUAGGGCAUCAAUCUGAUAAAUUGAGUGAAAUUGAAGACCAGGGUGGUAAUGAUGGUGCUGCAGUGCAGGGGAUUGGACAACAACCGCAUGCUGGAGUUGUUGGGAGUGUGGGAAAUGAGGGUAUAGUGAGACAAGGUCAAGGUGGUGGUAGUGUUGGUGGUGGUGGAGGAGGAGGAGGAGGAAAUGCUAAUAGGGUUGGUGGGAAUGGUGUUGGAAACAGUGUGGGUGCUGUUAAUAGUGUUAGUACUGGAGGAGUUGGAGGGGGAGGUGGGGGUGCUGCUGGUUCUGGUGGUACUAUAUUGUUUGUUGGUGAUUUGCAUUGGUGGACCACUGAUGCCGAACUGGAAACUGAGCUUAGUAAGUAUGGACCUGUUAAGGAGGUGAAGUUUUUCGAUGAGAAGGCUAGCGGGAAGUCAAAGGGGUAUUGUCAAGUUGAGUUUUUUGACCCUUCUGCUGCAACAAAUUGCAAGGAGGGAAUGAAUGGUCAUGUUUUUAACGGGAGACCUUGUGUUGUUGCGUUUGCAUCACCUUUUACAGUUAAGAAAAUGGGGGAGGCUCAGAUAAACAGGAAUCAGCAGAUGAACCCAUCUGCUGUUACACAACAGGGAAGGAGGGGGCCUUCUGAUUCGGGGGCUAAGCCUGGUGGGGGUAAUAUUUCUACAGGUGGUAAUUACCAAGGAGGAGAUGGGAAUAGAGGUUAUGGGAGAGGAGGUAAUUGGGGAAGAGGGAACAAUCCUGGUAUGGGGAAUAGGGGGCCUGUGAAUCCAAUGAGGAAUAGGGGUGGUGGGAUGGGUGGUAGAGGUAUAAUGGGUCACGGUGGAAAUGGUUUUGGACAGGGUAUUGGUGGUACCCCUCCACUGUUGCAUCCUCAGUCAAUGAUGAGUCAGGGUUUUGAUCCUGCUUUUGGUGGUCCAAUGGGUAGAAUGGGUAGCUAUGGAGGCUUUCCUGGUGCUCCGACCCCUCCAUUUUCUGGGAUUUUACCAUCAUUCCCUGGUGUUGGAGGUGUUGGUUUGCCUGGAGUGGCACCUCAUGUUAAUCCUGCAUUCUUUGGAAGAGGGAUGCCAGUUAAUGGUAUGGGGAUGAUGCCUACAUCAGGCAUGGAUGGUCCUAACAUGGGGAUGUGGUCAGAUCCAAAUAUGGGUGGAUGGGGUGGGGAAGAGCCUGGUGGUGGGAAGGCUGGAGAGUCAAGUUAUGGGGAGGAAGCUGCAUCUGACCAUCAGUAUGGUGAAGUGAGUCAUGAUAGAGCUGGGUGGCCUAUGAGGGAGAAAGAUAGAGGUUCAGAAAGGGACUGGUCUGGUUCUUCUGAGAGAAGGUACAGGGAUGAUAGAGAUCAAGGAUAUGAGAGAGAUGCCCCUAGGGAGAAAGAUAUGGGCCAUGAUCCUGAGUGGUCUGAAAGAAGACAUCGCGAUGAUAGAGAAACUGUGCGAGAACGGUCCCGUGAUCGUGACAGGGAAAGAUCUCGUGACCGUGAUCGUGAACGUUCUCGAGAUCGUGACCGCGACCGCGAAAGGGAUCACCGUGAGCGUGACAGACACAGAGAAGAUAGGGACAGAUAUGCAGAUCAUCAUAGGUAUAGAGAUGGGGAAGCAGAGCAUGAUGAUGAGUGGGAGAGGGGACGGUCAUCAAGGACACACAGCAAAUCACGGUUAUCACAGGAGGAGGAACACCAUUCUAGGCCGAGAGAUGCUGAUUAUGGGAAGAGGAGACGGCUUACUUCUGAAUAACUUUCAUGCUGCUCGUGAUUUCUACGAAUGGUUUCCGUUGAGUGAGGGGAAAAAAGUAUCUCAAAUUAAGGAUUUGCCAUUUGCUUGAAUUCUCUUUGGUCCAGAAGUUGUUGAGCAGCUGUUUUAUUUCAAUCACUUGUUCUGAUCGCUUCUUGUUAGGAGCAUGGUUUCUUUCUUUGUUGAGAAAGAUGAAUGAAACCAAUCUAGAGAAGAAUACUGAACACAGAAGUAAGAGUUUAUGAAAUAGGAUAACUAAACUAUAUCCAACAAGCCUAUGAAUAUGUAACUUGAGGUUUUGUUAGAAAUUCAUAAUUUUAAAUAUCAUUUUAUUUAUUUUGUUUUUGUAUCAUGCUUGUGUUGUGAUGUUUUUCCUCACUUCUGACAUUUAUUUUGGGGUUUACUAUGUGAUUUCCUUUUUUUUUUCAUUCUGCAUUGUGGUUUCUUCUAGAGAACUCGUUGUCCCUUCUUAUCUAGUAAUAACGUCUCUAUGUAUCUUGAUUAAAAAUAUUUUUUGAACUUAAAAUUUCCUUUCUUGUGUUGUGAAGUGUGCAUUUCUUUAUUCUAGUGAGCAUCCUUGCCUUAAGUUCUGCCUGAGUUCCACCAAAUGAAUUUGGGUAUUUUUCCCUUCUGUGAUCCCUCGUAUGAGGUUCUAUUGCUCUCAUAACUCUUUCGUUUGGACCAGAUGGUUGUUUACUACGGAUUCUGGAUGGAAUGGAAAUCAACAUGUUGUCUUCUACUCGCCCUACAUUUGUUGAUUAUUCAUUUUGUAUUUUUUUAUCUUGUUGAGCUAAUUACGCAAACUAAAGGAGUGUCUAAUCAGGGUUUUGCUAUGUUUAUAGUCCAAUCUGGUUGUCUAUCUUCUACAUGUGCAUACUAGUUACUAGUUUCCCUGGCUGUACCAUCCAGUCCAAUUAUUAUCUCCUCUCCUCCCUACGUUUUUUACUGGUAACAUAACCUUAUGAAGAUUUUGUUCUAAUAGGUAGGGUAUCUACACUUGAAUAAGCAGUUGUAUUAUAUCAAAGUUCUAUAUUCAGAAUGGAAUGUCUUUAUAUGGUUCCAUGUAUUGUGGCUACUUGGCUGCAUAGCUUUGGUUGAAGAAAUUAUGAUUUUGGGACAAACAUAAAAUUUAUAAACAAGCUUCAAAUGGUCUAUAAUUACGUCACUUUCUGUGUUCACUUAAAUUACCGAGAUUAACUUCCUAAAUGGAAUGGACUAUAUUUUUGAACACUUUUGCUAAGGUAUUUAGAUAUAGUUUUCUUAAAUAUUUGUUUAAGAUGUAGUUUUCAUUAGUUCUUGCCUUACUGAAUACCUAUCCUCAGCUGAAGUAUAGGACCUUUGAUACGGGUCUGAAAAGGUUGAGAAAUUAUGUCCACUCUUGAAUGGUUUGGAUGGUUGAAACUUGAAUCAGGAUCUUUUACAUGGGUAUGAAAAGGUUCAGAAAUUAGGGCUGCUCUUGAAUGAUUUGUAUUGUUGAAACUUGAAUUAUGGUUUUAAGAAGGGAAGGACAAAAAGAUAAUUUCAGUUAUAUCUUAAAAUGAUUAAUAAUAGGAAGUAGUCUUUAACUACGUUAUCAAUAGCGAUUGCUAUUGCAGUGGAAUGUUGGUUGGAGUGGCAGCAAUCGCGCUAAUUUAGGAGACGGUUUAUUUCUGAAAUUUUAGCUAUGGUUUUAACUGAUUGAACAGAUCACCCAAUCACCCCACGGAUGACUUCUUAAUAUACAAGCUGGUUCAAAUCAAUAUUCCAGUUAUGAAUUGAAGCCCCUAGUAGGACAUAUGUUUAGGACCGAUAAUUAAACAUCCUACUUUAUAGCCAGUUAGUCGAGGCAUGCAUUUUAGAACACUAAAGAAGAAAGUAAUGUAAAUGUAAAAUGAGUUCUGCGAAAUUGGAUAAAGGUAGAGAGAUGGAUGCCUUUACGACCAGUCAUGUGGACAGAAGCAUACAAUGAUAGAACUUUGUUGGGGAUUGUAGUACUUGUAGCUUGGGCAAUAGUUGACCUUCCAGGAAUGUAAUGAGUUGGGAUUGGCAUGGAUGAUGGUUAGGACAGUUGGAGCUGAAACCCACUCUUUAUGGGUGAAAAUCAUAGGGUCGGCUGUGGUAGGAGAGAGAAAGUAGCAUGGAUGGAAGAAAAACGAGGGGUUCAUUGCCUGGAAUUUUUGAUUGGCCAAUGGAAAAUGAAACUCAAUUAGAUGUAGAUUGCAUAUCUAAAGAACUGGUUAUUGAAAGAAUACUAUGACAUUUCUUAAUUUGUGUGGCUGACUCCAAUUCCGAGAGUUCAGAAUUUUUAUUGUUUCGGAACAUGAGUGAAAAAAUAAUGGCUUUUGGCUAUGGUUGUAUUUGUUCUGAUAUCAAGUUGAAAGUAUAUGUAGUUUAGGCAGAGAAUGAAGAAAAGAAAGUAAGGUGAUUUUCAAUUGUAUUUUCUUGGAUUGAUAUGGUGUACAUAAUGGUUUGAUGCAAAA